CUUGCACCGUGGUUAAUUAAAAUAGACUAAUUCAUAUAAUCGUAUACGAAUGAAUGUAGUCUAUGGAGAACGCAAUUAAACCCCCUACAUCUAUAGUAUGUAACAUCCUGACUAUGUAUUUAAACGUAAUUGUGACACUUGAAUUCGACCUCAUAAAGCAAUAGGACAGCAGUCAUACUGUAUACAUUUAACGUUUUGUACAAAUAUUUUGAUUAGUUCUGUUUGAAUGGAAUAUUAUCUAAAAAUUUAUUUUAUCAAUUCGAUAAGCUGUUUGAUCCAAGUGAUAUUGCUAGUUGGAUCGCCGUCAAUUAAUCGCUAUUGUCAAAAUAUUCAACUACCAAUUCUACAGUCGAAAAUACCAGUUCGCUUUGUAAAUAUGAGUUACUUAUCUCACAUUUCUACGGAUUUAGCUCCUAAACCUGUCGGACCAUACAGUCAAGCAGUUAAGUAUGGCGAUACCGUGUACGUGUCUGGAUCAUUAGGAUUAGAUCCGAAAUCAGGGAAAAUGGUGGAGGGUGGAGUCGGUCCUGAAACCAUAAAAGCCUUAGAGAAUAUUCAACGUAUUUUAGAAGCUUCACAGUCGUCUUUAGCAUCUGUCGUUAAGACCACAGUUCUAUUAGCCGACAUAAAAGACGGACCGACUGUAAACGAGAUUUACAAACAAUUUUUUGUCGUACCAUAUCCGGCUAGGGCCAUGUUCCAAGUUGCGAAUCUGCCUUUAGGAGCAAAAGUGGAAAUAGAAGUGGUUGCUGCCGCAAAUAAGUGAUAAUAUCAAUAAGUCCAAAUUAUAAUUUUACUAAAAAAUUUUUUAUUAUAAAAUACAAUAAGCAACGAAAAUAA